AUGAGAGCUGGAGCAUCAGGUAGUAAGCUUAUUGUCACAACCCGUUAUAAAGGGGUUGUAUCUGUCACUGGAACUUGUUCAGCUUAUCCCCUUCAGGAGUUAUCAUAUGAUGAUUGUCUAUCUUUAUUCACCCGACAAGCAUUGGGGGCAAGAAACUUGGAUGCUUAUCCACACCUGAAAGAAGUUGGAGAGGAGAUAGUCAAAAGGUUACCCGAUUCAGUGGGUCAUCUUUAUAAUUUGCAAACACUAAUAUUAUGCAAUUGCUAUAGACUUGUUGAGUUGCCUAUGGGAAUUGGAGGCCUCAUCAACCUUCGACAUGUUGAUAUUUCUGGUGCAGUUCAACUACAGGAGAUGCCCCCUCAAAUGGGAAACUUAACCAAUUUGCAAACAUUAUCCGACUUUAUUGUGGGCAAAGGUAGCAGGUCGGGUGUCAAAGAAUUAAAGAAUUUGCUGGGUCUCCAAGGAAAGCUUUCUAUUUCAGGGUUGCAUAAUGUGGUAGAUAUUCAAGAUGCAAGGAGUGUUAAUUUACAGAAGAAUCAGAACAUCAAAGAGUUAACACUGAAAUGGAGCAGCGAUUUUGGUGAAUCAAGAAAUAAAAUGAAUGAGACGCUUGUUUUAGAGUGGCUACAACCUCAUAGAAAUCUGGAAAAGCUCACCAUUGCGUUCUAUGGUGGACCAAACUUUCCAAGUUGGAUAAAGGAUCCCUCAUUCCCAUUAAUGACACACUUGGUUCUCAAGAAUUGCAAGACAUGCACGUCGUUACCAUCUCUCGGCCAAUUAUCCUUACUCAAAAACUUGCAUAUCGAAGGGAUGAGUGAAGUUAGAACCAUAGAUGAGGAGUUUUAUGGAGGGAUUGUCCAGCCUUUUCCAUCCUUGGAGUUACUGAAGUUUAAAAAUAUGCCAACAUGGGAAGAUUGGUUUUUUCCAGAUGCAGAUGAAGAAGUUGAACCGUUUCCAUUCCUUCGAGAACUUACAAUAAGGAGAUGCUCAAAGCUUGGUAUACAAUUGCCUGAUUGCCUACCUUCUCUGGUUAAACUUGAUAUCUUUGGGUGUCCAAAUUUGAAAGUUCCCUUUUCAGGAUUUGCAUCUCUUUGUGAAUUAAGUUUAGAAGAAUGUAAAGGGUUGGUGUUCAGAAGUGGGGUUGAUAAUUGUCUAGAAACAUUAGCUAUUGGACGGUGUCACUGGCUUGUAACAUUGGAGGAGCAAAUGCUACCUUGCAAACUUAAAAUUUUGAAAAUACAAGACUGUGCUAACCUGGAGAAGCUGCCAAACGGAUUGCGAAGUCUCAUAUCUCUCCAAGAGUUGAAAUUAGAGAGGUGCCCCAAACUGGUUUCAUUUCCAGAGGCCGCUUUGUCACCCUUGCUCAGAUCUGUGGUGCUCCAGAACUGCCCAUCUCUCAUAUGCUUUCCAAAUGGUGAGCUACCCGCCACCACACUCAAGCAUCUGAGGGUUGAAGAUUGUGAAAAUUUGGAGUCUCUACCAGAGGAAAUGAUGCACCACAAGUCCUCUUCCACUGUAGGCAAAAACACUUGUUGCCUUGAAAAAUUGUGGAUAAAGAAUUGUUCCUCUCUCAAGUUCUUUCCAGCAGGGGAGUUACCCUCCACCCUUGAGCUCCUUUGUAUUUGGGGAUGCGCAAACUUGGAGUCAAUAUCAGAGAAAAUGUCAUCCAAUGGCACAGCUCUUGAAUAUUUAGACAUAAGGGGCUAUCCAAAUCUGAAAAUCCUACCAGAAUGCCUUACAAGCCUCAAGGAGCUCCACAUAGAAGAUUGUGGAGGUCUGGAGUGUUUUCCAAAAAGAGGAUUGUCAACCCCCAACCUCAGGCACUUUCGUAUUUGGAGAUGUGUGAAUCUCAGGUCCCUUCCACAGCAAAUGAAAAACCUCACAUCUGUUCACACUCUCGGCAUACGGGGUUGUCCAGGAGUGGAAUCCUUUCCAGAAGGGGGUUUGCCCCCCAAUCUAACAUCACUUUACGUUGGAUGGUGUCAGAAUCUGAAAACACCCAUAUCUGAAUGGGGACUCCUUACCCUCACCUGUUUUUCUGAAUUGACCAUAUGUAGUAUGCUUCCAAAUAUGGUUUCUUUUUCGGAUGAAGAGUGUCUUCUUCCUCCAUCUCUGACCUAUCUUUACAUCAGUGACCUGAAAUCUUUAACCUCCCUGGCUCUCCAAAAUCUGGUGUCUCUAACUGAACUAGAUUCAGAGGGAUACUGCUUGGUAGAGAUGUGGCAGGAAGCACAGGGUGAAGAUAACAGAAGAUCUUUGACAGAAGUUACUCACUGGGUUCUUGCUAAUUCUUUUCCUGCUAAUGUGACUGCCAAUUUUCAUUCUAAAUUCAUGGGGUUCUGGCUUGACAAGGAUGUUGCAGAGGUAAACAGUUCCAUCCACAGAUCCAUGAAUUGUCCUGCAGGUUUUGACAAAGGAAAGGGCUGCCUGCAACACUCCCAAUGCUUGAAAUCAGGAAAUUUCAUAUUCGAAAAACUGAUGCUCUGGCUUCUCUAUCAGAUGAUGACUAUCUUUUUCCCACAACUGAGCAAUUUUUAUGUUCGUAAACUGGAUUCCAUCGCAUCUGUGCUUUCAAAAACCUGCAUUCUCUUGAAACUAUAUCCAUCUAUAGGUGUCUUAAGCUCUGGUCCAAAGGGUUGA